ACCACAGUCACAAAGGGUCAUCUGGCAUCGCGCUUCCAACAUGGCGGUGAAUCUUACAGACCUCUCCCUGCCUCAGUUAGAGGGACUGAAAACCCAGCUAGAUCAGGAGAUUGAGUUCUUGACAUCUUCAAUAGGUCAGCUCAAAGUUGUCCAGACCAAGUAUGUUGAAGCAAAGGAUAGUUUGAAUGUUCUGAACAAAAACAAUAAAGGAAAAGAAUUGCUCGUGCCGCUCACCAGUUCUAUGUACGUCCCUGGAACAUUAAAUGACGUGGAACAUGUUUUGGUGGAUGUGGGGACAGGAUAUUAUGUUGAAAAGAAUGUGGAAGCCUCAAAGGCAUUCUUCAAGCGCAAAAUAGACUUCCUCACAAAGCAGAUAGAAAAAAUUCAGCCAGCCCUUCAGGAAAAACAUGCUAUGAAACAAGCUGUGAUUGAAGUAAUGAACGUGAAGAUCCAGCAACUACAACAGAGCCAACAGGCGGCUGUGACCACCAAGGCUUAAUGAGAAUACCUGUUCUUCAUGAUUUUUUUAUGUUUGUGUGCAAAAAAAACUUACACCUGCUGUUGUAAGACAAUAAAAUGCCCUUCGUUAACCUGAUGAAAUUAUGUUAAAACAUAAAAAAAUAAAUGUUUUUUGUUUCUAUCUGAA